GCGCCUUCGUGCUAGCGCUCCGUACGUACACGGUUUAGUUUAAGACAUCACAAGCAGCACCGACAUCAUGCUGCGUUUAUCAACGUUCUGCUUGCUACUGGCUCUAGCAGCCGCUCAAAGUGGUUACGAAUACAACAGACCAGGGAAACCGUUCGGUCCAGGAUCGACGUCCAGCCGACCGGGAUACUCAACAGCACAAUCAGGUGGCUUCUCAACUACCACCUCUUACCCCAUAAGACCAUCAAGCGAUGACUACUCCAGCUCUACUCAAGGAUACCCAUCUGGACCCUCCGGAUACCUAAGUAGUCCAGGAUAUCCAGGAUCGACCAGUCAACGGCCUCUAUCUGGCUACCCGGGAGGAUCAUACCCAGGCCAGGGUGGCCCCGGGCAAGGACCUAGUGGACCAGGAGGUUAUCCAGGUCAAAGUGGACCCUCGUAUCCAGGGCAAGGACCAAGUGGACCCGGAGGCUAUCCUGGACAAGGACCUCGUGGGCCUUCAGGCUAUCCGGGACAAACCGGAUCGUUUCCCGGGCAAGGCGGGAGGGGACCCGGUAGUUUCCCCGGUUCAGGAUUCCCAGGAUCGGGAUCGCCUGGUUUUGCUCCAGGUUCUCCAGGCUUCGGGCCAGGAGGACCAGGAUUCGGACCAGGUUCUGGAUUUGGUCCUGGAUCGCCUGGGUUUGGACCUGAAGAUACUGGAGCUUAUCCUGGUGGCGACUACUCUGCUAUCCCUGGUACACCAGACAUUGAUUAUCCAAUCUAUUCUGACGUCCCUCAAACUUCUUUCAACUGUGAAUCUCAAGCUUACCCUGGAUAUUAUGCCGAUGUAGAAACUCGUUGUCAAGCCUUCCAUGUGUGCUCUAAUAACAAAACCUACGACUUUCUCUGCCCUAAUGGUACUAUCUUCUCACAAGAAGUAUUCGUAUGCGUCUGGUGGGACCAAUUUGACUGCAACUCCGCUCCUGGACUCUAUGGUCUCAAUGCCAAUCUUUAUGACUAUUCUAUAAUUGGAUCUCCUGGUAAUUAUCCUCAAGGACCUCAAGGAAGUUAUCCAGGCAGUUCGGGACUUCAAAGGCCGGGGUCUGGUUACCCGGGAGGCCCUGGAACUCAAAGACCCGGUGGGUCCUACCCGGGAGGCUUUGGACCCCAAGGGCCUGGUUACCCUGGCUCUGGACCUCAAGGACCGUCUAGUGGCUACCCUGGAGGUUCCGGACCUACCUCCCAGGCUACCCUGGAUCAGGACCAGGAUCUUCUUAUCCAGGCAGCUCUGGCCAAGGACCAUCUACUGCUUAUCCAGGAACAAGUUCAGGCUAUCCAGGCAGUGGAUCCUAUCCAGGAAGUCCAGGACCACAAGGACCAUCAACAGCAUACCCCGGGACUAGUGGCACACGAGGACCAUCAUAUCCAGGAAGUUCCGGGCCAGGUUAUCCUGGUUCAGGUUCCUACCCAGGAUCCAGUUCCUCGAGCUAUCCAGGCGGAAGUAGUGGCUACCCGUCAGGAAGACCAAGCGGUCCUGGUUUCCCUGCCGGUCCCGGUGGAAGACCACAGCAGCCUAACAGAGAAUACCUCCCACCUAGAAACUGAGCAAGCUAGCAAACUUCGAUCGAAUAAAAUCAGUAUUUUACAUGCCAAAAGAGGAUUUUAG